CAAACCCAACACAUCGUGUCUGCGUUCUCCCCCUUUACGCCGGCGAGUGUUCGUCGCUGGCUCGCUGCAGCGGGGAGAAUAGAGGCAGAGAGCAGGGAUGAGCGACGAGCGGGUGAAGGCGGAGGCGCUGCAGAUCCUGGGCCUAUUCCAGGUGCUCCCCCGCCUCGUCGUCUUCGACCUCGACUAUACCCUCUGGCCCUUCUACUGCGAGUGCCGGUCCAAGAGGGAUUCGCCGAGCCUUUUCAGGCACGCCAGGGGCAUCAUGUACGCCCUCAAGGAGAAGGGGAUCGACAUGGCGAUUGCUUCUCGCUCCCCCACCCCGGACAUAGCCAAGGUGUUCCUCGACAAGUUGGAGUUCCAGUCCAUGUUCGUCGCCCAAGAAAUAUUCUCCAGCUGGACUCACAAGACUGAGCAUUUCCAAAAGAUCCAGAGGAAAACUGGGAUUCCCUACAAAUCCAUGCUGUUCUUUGAUGACGAGAACAGGAAUAUUGAAGCAGUAUCAAAAAUGGGAGUGACGAGUGUUUUAGUAGAGAACGGGGUGAACCUUGACAUGUUUAAGCUGGGUCUCAGUAACUUUGCAACUAACUGUGCUGCCUCCAGCAGAAAGGAUGACGAAUAACCUCGAGAAGUGAUACAUAGAAGAAAAUACCUUCAAAACACUGUACUCGAAUUCAUUGUAAUCAAUUUGCCCGAUUCAUGAACAAUUUAUUGGUGAAAGAUGACCUCACAGACUAGCUUUUGAACUGAUGCAACGCCUGUCUAAUAUAUUUAUUUGAAGGC